GCAACGCUGUAAAGAUUGACGUGUGUAUUGGAGUGUUUCAUACUAUAAUUUGUUGUAGUCCAUGUUGUGUUUAAUUUGUAGACCAAUUUUAAUCACAAUUCGAUAUUCUUAACUUUUGUCCAUGUAGCUACAUCUGGUAAUACAAGCAAUUUCUCUGCGAAUUUUAAAAAUUAUACUUGUUAUACACAGAAAAAUUGAAGUUCUAUCAAGAAAGUAGCAUGGGCGAUGAGGAUGUCAUUCGGCGAAGGUUACUGAUUGAUGGUGAUGGCACUGGAGAUGAUCGUCGCCUUAAUGUGCUGCUUAAGUCGUUCAUCAAGUGGACAAAUGAACCUCAAGAAACCAGCCAGGUGACUCAGGACCGGAUGCUGGCCCAACUGGCGCAGUGCGAGUUCGCGGUGAACAAGUCACGGCUGUCCGGCCUGAUGAGUGCCGCGGAGCUGCACAACUACGAGAACCUGUCGCUUCAGAUAGCUGCAGACAUCGAGAAAGCCAAGCAGGACAUAGAGAACUGCAAGUUGAGGGUGCUGGAGGCCAAGACGGUGCGCAAGAACCGCAUAGAGUACGACGUGAUGGCCAAGGUGAUCAACGAGCAGCCGGACCGCAAAGCCACCGACCAGAAACUGACCCAGUUACGUAAGGAGCUGGGGAUCUUGGAGGGAAUCCAAGAAAAAUUAGAGAAAAAACUGGAUGAGCGGAGGAAGCAGUUCCACGUCCUGGUGACGGCCAUCCACGACUUGCAGACUGCGCUGGAUGAAGAUGACGAGACCAAGCCAUCGCUCCUCGACUCUGCUUUCGAUGAUUCCGAAGAACAAAGUGCCCACAUGGAGGCAUCCUAGAUGACCAGCGCAGGUCAACUGAAUUUGCGUUCCGGCUUCAGCGGGACUGUCUUUUAAUAGCUGGUGAGAAUAUCACAGACAUCAUAUUGACCUACGUAUUGGCAGCCGGUGCUGUUCAACGACCCAGCCGGAGCUGGAACCUGCUGGUGUUGGGUACCAGUCGUAUCGUGAGAGAGACGCGCGUGCCUCGCUCCAGACACUGCUCCUGCUCGUAGCGGCACCCGCACAGCUCCAGGUUCGCCUCGUCGCCGGUCACCACGUCGCGGGACACCUCGGCUAUGGCGUGCAUGUAGUCGUGGUACAUGUCGUCUCGCACCACCAGCAAGCUGCGCUGCUCCAGCAGCAGGCUCAGCAGCUUCGGGCCCUGCGCACCGGCCAACCAUCGACUCUUCUGAACCAAGUUGAAGAGGCACGUGCUGAAUGUUACAUGAAUGCAGCAGAUUUCCGGGCAAUGGCUGGUAUCAGGUUUACUUAACAAAUUAAAUGUGAAGAUAUUUGUGAGAAAUGUGAAUUCUAAUAAGAAGGGAUUAUCAAGUAAAAACUAUUUAAAUAAAUUUAUUUUAAUUUUA